GAGGCACUCUUGGAUCAGCAUGUGGCAGCAGGAUGGCUACAACCAUCCUCAAGUUCAUUUGUGUCCCCCACAUUCCUAAUCCUGAAGAAGGACUCCACAGCUCUACCAAGAUGGGUAAAUGACUACUGCAUAUUAAACACAAAUACCAUACCUGAUAAUCACCUGCUGCCAUGGAUAGACAAGAUUUUGUGA